AUGGAAGUGCGUGCAAAGCAGCUGGAAUGCGAGAGGAUUCGGCUGGAGCAGGAGGUGGAGCAGCUCACCCUGAAGCAGGUGCAGCUCAUGGAGCUCUUGCAGCUCUUAGCUGUUGCUGUGCUCGUGUUCCUUGUCAUGGUCCUGUGGUUGAUGGGAUGCAAAAGGAGCCAGAGGAGAGAAGUGCACAAUGGAGAAAACAAUGGUGCAAAUGAAGAGGAAGUCAGAGACGGAGAUGCAAAUGAAGAAGUCGAUGUUGGAAAUGCAGAAGAAGAUUAUGCGAUUCAGGAGGAAGACGGCAAUGUUGCUGCAAAUGGAGAAGAUGAUAUUGAAAAUGAAGUUGUCAAUGAGGCUGCAAAUGCAGGAAACAAUGAUCAUGCACUUGCAGUCUAUGAAGCAGGGACUGAUUUUGACGAUGACCUUGGAAGAAUUGUUAUGGAACGCAUACAGUGGUCGGUGCAGGAGCUGCAGGCGGGCUGUGAGUGGACAAGGAACCUAAUGGAUAAUUACACAGUUUACUUUGGACACGUCUUAGCAAACAGCUUCUACCCAGGCCUGCAACGAGCCAUCGAGGUGGGCAGCGCCUUCGAAGGUUGGAGUCCAUGUGAGCAGGAUGUUGUGUACCAGGUGCUCAUACCCAUGACUCCUCCCCGAGGCCACAGCUUCCACCUGGAGCUGGACUCUGCAGAGCAGAGGCACAAGAGGAACUUCCGUGUCCGUGUGCAGCUGGAGUGCACCUGCACGAAGGAGCAGCAGGCUGAGAAUGUGCUGUGCUUCCUGCACCAUCCCGAGGAGGAGCUGAGGAGCAAUCAGGAUCCCAGCCUCCUAGACACUCUGUGCACCGACUCCUACCUGGAUGUGCAGAAAACUGCCCGCUGGUUCUACCAGCUGGUGAGAGCCAUCUGGCCAGCUUUGCCUCAGUCACACAAUUGGCAUUUAAAGCUGCUGCCCUCCACACGUUCCUGCCAAUUCCAGGUGACCAACGGUAGAGAAAGACUCAGGAUUGAGAUAUUCUUUGGGGUGCAGAGAGGUGACUCAGACAUCUUUGUGAGCAGCCAGCCUACAGAGGCCCACACGCAAAGCAUAACCUGGCCUGAGACCUAUGCUGUGGCUGAGGCUAAGUUCUUCAAGCACAUUGCCCAGCAGGCACCCCCUGACAGUUUGCACCUCAAAUGCCUGCAGCUCUUCACCCGUCUUCUGCUGGGCUUCAGCUUUUCCCCCUACACCAUGAAGACCAUUGUCAUGCACCUGCUCAAUGUGGUGCCUGUGUCACAGUGGCGCAGGAGAGAUUUGCUGAACCGACUGCUGGAUAUCAGCAAGUGCCUGCGCAUAUGUGUGCUCGCAAAACGCCUGAACCAUUUCAUUGUGGGCAACCGGAGGCUGCCUCAGCACAUCCAUUUACCCUCAGAUGUUCAAGCUGCUCCGCGGUACAAUCUCUUCCAUCACCUGGCAGAGGAACCGGCCGCCCACACCCAGGCGAUUUAUGAGUGCCGGCUUCUGCUACAGUGGCUCAAAAGAAUCCUUCUUGGCGAGCAGUGA